AUGAGAACUAGCCCAAGCCAAUUUCAAUCACUGGUAGAAUUUAUGGAAAGGAAUGGAGACCUCAGUAAGCCUACCGAAGGAUCUCAAGGAAGGAUCACAAAUAUACAAAUGUGGGUUCGAUUGACAAAGCUGUUAAAUUCAGAGUCUUCAGGUGACACUAAAACAGCAGAGAAAUGGAGAAAAGUGUGGAGUGACUUAAAAAACAAUACUAAGAAAAAAGCAGCCCGAAUAGAACAAUCAGAUUGUAAACCUAGUGGUGGUCGUGCUCACAAACUCAAACUGAGUGACUUAGAGCAAAGAGUUCUUAAUAUUAUUGGUCAAUCAAUUACUACAGAGGUGGUUGAAUUUCCUGAGAUUACAUUAGAUCAGGAAGAUGAAAAGUCAUCCGCUUCAAAUAGUGAAUCUUCAGAAAGCCCAUCAGAUUCUCAGAGGGAAACAAUGUUUGAGCCAAAUAUAGAUGCCUGGGAUCAACCAGGUAAUAGUGAACAACAUAGACCACAAAAAUCAAAAGCUUCAAUAAGGCGACGGUGGCGUCCGAUGCAUCAAGGAAGAAGAAUUAGAUCUCAGGCAGAAGCCCCACGGCCAGUGUUUGUCAGUGCAGAUAGUGAGUGGCGAACGUUUCAAAGGGAAAUUGAAAAAGAGAGGUUAAGACUAAGAAAAAGGGAGCUACAUCAGCAAGGACGAUGGUUGGAUCUGUUUGAACAGUUUUUAGAUUUAGGUAACAGAGUUGUUGAUGUCUUGGAAAAGAAA